AUGGACGAUUUACAAUUAAAUAUAUCAGUUACUAAAAAAAUAAAACCGAAACCUGGUCCUGCUAAGAGCUUAGAUGAAUACAAAUUUGUAUCAAAACCACAGCUAACUGGAAAAACAUUAGCUAGAAAACGUCCACAAAACCUAUCUGGAAAAAACAUUAAAUUAGAUGGGCCACAAAGAAAAUUUGCCAAACUGUCAAAACCAGAAAAAAAUACCAUUAAUUUAGACGCAAGAUUACUAGAUCUGAGUGAAAAUAAAGGAAAAUAUCAUGGGAAAGAUUAUCAGGAGAUAAAUGAUGAACUUCAGAUUAAACAAAAACCAAGGAGCGGAGCAUGGAUAUCUUCAUUAUUCAAAAAUAAUCCUGAUGUACCUAAAAUUGGACAAAAAGCUGUGAAACCUUUAGUGGAAAAAGUGUUUGCCGGUACUACUUUUGCAGAUUUAGAUAUUCAUCCCCACAGUGUAGCAAAUUUACAACAGAACUUGUCUCUGAAAGAAUUGAUGACUGUACAGCAAAAGGCGGUGCCAGUGAUAUUACAGGGACGUGAUGUGUUGAUUAGGUCACAGACAGGAUCGGGUAAAACUCUGGCUUAUGCAUUACCAGUUAUAGAGGGCUUGCAAGCAAUUCGGCCUAAGAUCAACAGGCAUGAUGGUGUUAGAGUUGUUGUUGUGGUGCCAACAAGAGAACUCGCAGUACAGACUUAUGAAUUAUUUGUGAAACUUGUGAAGCCAUUCACUUGGCUUGUACCUGGUCUUUUAAGUGGUGGGCAGAAAAGAAAAGCUGAGAAGGCAAGACUAAGAAAAGGACUCAAUAUAUUGAUUGGUACACCGGGUAGAAUUAAUGACCAUUUACGACAUACCCAAUCCUUAAACUUUGCUAAAACUGGAUGUUUAAUAUUAGAUGAAGCUGAUAUGUUAUUGGAUAUGGGUUAUGAAAUAGAUGUUGCAGCUAUUGUAAAGGCUAUAGAAGAUCACAAAAAGGCAGCAACUUAUGAUCCAUUAGCCCUUGUUAAACAAAAUAUGAAACAAAACACUGAAGAUGAAACUAAGGAUUGUGUCUCAGGUUCAUCAGUAUCAGAAGAACAGAAAAGUGAUAUAAAACAUAAAUUAACAGAAGUAUUCUUGUCAAAAGAAAGACAGACUAUACUUUUAUCAGCAACUCUCACCAAGGCUGUUGAAAAUUUAGCUGGAAUUACCAUGGUGGAUCCUGUAUUUGUAGAUACUUCUGAAGGUAGGGCUGUUGUAGCAGACUCAUUAAAAUAUGACCAUAUUGGUGGUAAAAAAGUAUCCGAAAAAUUAAACGAAGUGCCUGAAAAGAAAUGUAUUAUUGAAGAUGCUCCAAUGGUAAAAGAAAAAAAUGUAAAUAAAACUGAAAAAAAGAACAAUAAGAGGGGUUUAGUCGAAUUCAGUGGGUUAAGUCAUCUAGAUUUAUUUGAUGUGAAAGUUAAAGAAGAAAUCCCUAAACCAGUACCUAUGGCAAAUAAUACUGAAAACAGUGAUAGUGACUCAGAUUAUGAUUACUUUAAAGUCCAGAAACAGUUUGAAUCGAAGAAACCUGCAACAGAAGUAGUUGAAAAAGAUUUAGAACCUUUGGUUAAAGAAAGUACUUUUCAGAAAGCAGUACAUACAGCUUUGGUGGAAGAUGAGUUAAUUUUGCCAGAAAGCGUAAACCAAACAUUCCUCAUAGUGCCAAUGAAAUUAAGAUUAGUUACCCUUUGUUCUUUGAUUGUGGAAAAUUGCGUCCUUAAGAAAAAAGGAGGAAAGAUAAUAGUCUUCAUGGCCACAUUGGAAAUGGUCGAUUACCAUUCAGAGUUAAUCGAAACUGUAUUGACGGGAGAUAAAGUUAAGGUUAAAAAAAAAGAUGCAAAAGGGAAAAAGUCGAUUGAUAAAAAAAGAAAAACGAACAAAGCGGAAAAUGAAGAAUCUGAUUCGGAUAGUACAGAAUCGGACUAUAAUAUCGAUUACGAAGAGCCCGUUGAAGGAGGGUUGGUGCCUGUGAAUUUAGAAAUGUUCAGUCUUCAUGGUUCUAUGCCGCACGAGCGGAGGAUAGAAGUAUUCAAACAAUUCAGAGCGGCGCGAAACGGAGUUCUUAUAUGCACUGAUGUGGCAGCUCGCGGCCUGGACGUGCCAGCAGUAGACAUGGUGCUACAAUACUGUGCACCAGUUUCUGCUACCGAUUAUGUUCACAGAGUGGGUCGGACGGGGCGUGCUACUCAAGUUGGCGCCGCAGUGAUGUUCUUGCUGCCUAGUGAGGCUGAAUUCGUGAGGCACUUGGAACAACGGCGAAUCAGAUUGUGUCAGGCAGACGAGUCGAAAGCUUUGGAGCCGCUUCGUAGCGUCGCGCCCGCUGCGGCUAACGCGGCGCGGGCGGCCAUCGCAGUGCAAACGCGGUUAGAACAUACCGCCCACAGCUCCAAGGAGUGGCUCGCAAGAGCUAGCAGAGCUUACACAUCAUGGGUUCGGUUUUAUUCGGGCUACCCUCGAGAAGUGCGCGAAUGGUUGGAUGCGCGCAAACUUCAUCUCGGACACGCGGCGAAGGCGUUUGCCUUGCGAGAUACGCCGGCCGUUUUAGCGAGGAGGGUCAAGAAUUUGCCCAGCGUGAAGGAAAAGCCGACGAACAGACUCACCGUACACAGAGAAGAAGAGAAGAAACGGCCGGGCUUUCCGAGGAUGAAGAUCGGUGGUUACGGAAGCAACGUAACGAACAAACAAAGUUCUAUGCACACAGCCAGCGAGUACGACAGCGGCCUGCCGCCCUUGGAAAGAAUCCAGAAACAGAAAAAGAGGAAAAACAAAUGA